GGCCCCGGGUAUCGCCCUCCUCAUCCGUCGGACACCCCCUUCCCAACCCCAGGAUGCGCCUUUCCAGCUCGGAAGAGUCAACCGGGUUCCGAACUACCCGGAGGGCAGUUCGGCGGGUCUCGGCGCUUCCUCGCUUGCUCCGUCCUCUCCUCCUGGGGGAGCGCGUCCCAGGGGGAAAAAAGUGGGGUGUCUGUGGCCGCCGGGCGCUCUGUUCUGCUGCCCCCCUCCACUCCCGAUUCCUCCCUCCAGCACCCCCUCUUCUCCCCUCCCCGCGCAUACACAGAACCGCGGAGACACCCCCAGAAGCGUGGGGACCGGCGCUGGGCAGCCCUGCUUUGCUCCAGCCGCGGCUGCUCCCCAAAGCUGCCCAGCAGUGUCUUGGUUACCCGGGUUUCCCCGGAGGGGCCGAGGGGCGAUAGCACUCAGCCUGGUAGGUUCAUCUGGGGAGCCUACACUUGUCACUGAUCCGCAGAGAGGGCAGGGCAUUGUCCAGUCUGCUCUUUGCUCACCGGGCAGCCCCACUCAUAGGUGAGGUCGCAGGGUUUCUGCCCCUUCCAGGAACCUACUGACUCCUGAUGUCUGGGCACCUGCAUUCUCCGAGGACCCCUCGGGAUGUUGUCCACCCUUCUGUGCUGGGGGAUGAGGUUUGGUGGGGCAAUAGCAAGCACCCUGGCCCUCUUCCAGGCCCGCCCUGCCCCCACCGAGUGGGAGAGGAGGCAGGAAUCAGGCUUUGUCAACAACCUGUGGCCUGGUGAUCUGAUCUCGCCCUGGGGCCAUGACCUUCUGUCACUUGCUCUGGUUUCACAAACACCCACCAAGCCCAUUCUCAUCAGAAGCUGGCAGGCCCCAUUCCGAAGCUGGGGUGACCAGCACCCACCUCGUGAAGAUCCAACCAUCCUGGGGGGGUCUUUUCCCCAGUUCCCGGUCUGGGAGUCUGGGACAUCCCCAAGGGAAACUGGGGAAAUGGCUGAGCUUUGAGCCCCUAGGAGUGGUGCGUUCUGCCAGGCAGGGGACAGAACACAUGCCCCCAGGGCCCCGCCCGUGGAGUGGGGGAGGCUGGAAAACAGAGGAGGGGGUGAGCUGGGGCUGGGAGAAAGCUGGCCCUCCGUCCCACCCCAUCAGUGUCUAAUCCUGAGCUACCUGUGCUGGGCGGGUGCAGUCCAGGGCCAGAGAGGGAGACGAGCCUCCAGGUCGGUGAAGGGAGAAGGCUUGGUCCCUUGCUGUUAGUCCCCCAUCCCCCACCGGCUCCCGGCCGUUCCAGGAGAGUAAUAAGGUGGAAAACAGCAGCCCUGCCUGAUGCCACAGCCAAUGGGAGGCGUGGAGGGGCACCUCCGCAUCCAGGUCUCAGUCCUCAUUCAUUCAACAAAUAUUUAUCCCUGGGGCUGGCAGGCUGCUCUGGGGUUGCAGUGUCCCCCAUGGUAGGGAGGGGGCCUGGACGUGAUACUCUGUUCUCUUUAAGUGGCAAAGCUCAUUUACUCUUUGGUGAUGAGGAGCCAAGGAUUUUGCAAGUAGGAAACUGAGGCUCUGAGAAGUUAAAUUAUUAAUAUUUGUCCUUGGUCCCAGGACCAGAACUGGGCCCUGCAAUGUCCCCCUCUCCUGUGGGGUCAGCCUCACACCUGAGUGCUCAGGGCAGGGACCGCAGGACCUCCGCCUUGCACACAGCUGAAAAUCAUCCCGUACUCAGCCCUCAUGCAGAGAAGUGUCUAGAAAUCUUGCCUGUACUCCCCUGAAAGGCAUGGGGGGGCCUCAUCCAUUUCUGCCGCUUCUUGUGUUUCUAUCAGAGUCUUAGUGAGAGCAGUCAUCCUCGUCUUAAAUUGGUGGCGGGGUGCUGAUGCUCUGAUCCCUAGGGCCCUGGGGCCCUGGGUGCCUUGAACCAGUUACCCAGCCUGGGAUCUGUAGGUACUGAACUGUGUGGCGUGAAUCUUCAAGGAUUCCCAGCCCCAUGUGCCAGACCAGAGUAAAGGGUAUGGAGGAUUGCCCCCUCCCCUGCCCUGGCUGGGGCCCGAGGGCAGCCCAUCGUUCCUCCCCCUCUACCCUGAGGCUCUGCUCCUCUCUGCGGUUCCCAGACUGACUGACUCCUACCUGGAAGGCAGACUGGCCCAGCUGUUGCCCUGCCCCCCUUGAGUUCUCCUAACAGCCCUAGGAAGUUAGCAAGGUCAACUUGCACUUUUCAGGUGGGAAAGUCAAGGCACAGCUAGGCCACGCCCUCCCCCCCACCCCUAGCUGGGCUCUGAGGGGGCCGACAUUUUGCUUUGGAGCUCCUCACUGGAGGAGCCCUGCCACUUCGCCCUCCCCUCACCACUGGCUGCAGGGCCUCUGGGCAGGGACAGCUUAUCCGGCAGUAUCUUUUCUCCUCAGGUCCCCUGAUUGCUGUGCACCUUCCGCUCCGCCCCAGCCAUCCUUUGUCACUCUGCCUCCCCCAUCCCUCCAGCCUCUAGUUAUCCAGGCUGCCUCUGCCUCCCUGAGCCGGCCCACCGGUCUCCCUUUCUCCAGCUGCAGGGCACGGUGCUCCUCACACAGCAGGCUCUGUGGCCUGGGUGGGCAAGGGCAGGGCAGCAGGCUGUUUGAUAAGAAUCAGGAGAUAAGGCCCCUUGGGCUAGAAACACCUGAACUGCCCCUCGUCCUCCACCCGCCUGGGGGGCUACUCCCUCCGAGAGCUCUCCGGUCCAGCUCCUCCAGAGCAGCCCUAAACCUUGGCCCCUCACCUAGACCAGGGCCCGCAGACCAGUGACUCCAGGGCCCUGCCUCACCAGGCCUGACCCACACCCUGGCCCAAGGGCAAGGGUGAGGAGCCCCACGGCAGGCCGGCAGGCCCUGUGGACUCAUCCCAUGGCGUCCCAUGAAGGGUGAGGAGUGAAUCACAGGAAAGUCCUCGUGAGCUGGCCCCCUGAGGGCCCAUCUGGACUCCGAUGGGAGGAGACUGAGAUCCAGGGUUGUCUGGGAACCCUCCACCUUCAGUGGUAGGUUGCGCCCCUCCUCCCCACCUCCUCCCUGGCUUCUCCCAGGCUCUGCCUUCCAGCCAACCAGUUUUGUCCAUCUGUCCAUCCAUCAGUCCACCACGUGCUCACUCUAUGGCAGGGUACCUGGUGGGAGCGGCCCGUCCACAGCCCUAGAGGUGCUCGUGUGAGGCAGCCCCUCCCUGUGCCCUCGUGGAAUUCAGUAGAGCAGAAGACGGACUCUGGAAGCAGCGACACGAUGCCUGAUGGGGCUGCUGAUGCCUCAAGCACGGCUCUGGCCAGGACCAGGCAACUCGGGCCCCGCCACUGCAGGAACCACGAAGGCAGCGGUCCUGUGUCUGAGCCCCCGGCAGCCCAGCAGUGCUCGUCUCAAAGGAACACACUGCAGCUGCCUGCAUGCUGUGGCCCAGGGAACCCAGGAAGCCCAGCUUGAGUCUUAGGCGGGGCCCAAGGAAGACCCUAGACACCCCAGUCCUGGGCAUGGGAGCAUGCCUGUGCCAGGGACCACCUUAAGUAUAUGCCUGGCACUCCUGGCUCCUGGCAAGGCUGGAAGCUGGCCCAGGGCCACCUCAAUAACUGCAUCCCUGGGGACUAAGUGAUGAUGGAUGGUCCCAGCAUCCUACCCCGGCCUGCCAAGCUGACUUUCCCAGGGGCUAAGAAUAGUGGGAAGGAUAGUGAGGGCCGAAGGAGGAGGUGGGCAGUUAGGGAGGCUGCUUCCCCCCCUGACAUCUUUGGUACCAGGCAGGACAGCGAUCACUUAGCUAUCAUGGAGGGGAGGGGCUCUGGGGCCGGCCCAGGCUCCAGACAGACAGCCACAGGCCGUGAGAAAGCAGCUCCCCUUGGGUGAUGGCGCCAAACCCCCAGGCACGGGGCCAGACCCCAACCCCCAAGUGGCAGAGUGACCACUUCUUGCAUCACUUCCCUCCCAGCUCCCACUCCAUCAGUAGGAUUCAGAGACUCCGAGGGAGGGGUGGUUUUAGGGGAGCAGGACACCCUGCUGAUCAUGAAAGAAACCAGCUGCGCCUCUUCACACCAGAGCCUGCCCCCCACUGCACAGACCCUGCUGCUCUGAUACUCGCAACCCCAGAGGAGCGUGCACCCACGAGGACCUCUUUGCCCCAGCUGUGCAACCCCAGCCAGAUGUGGGGGGCAGCUUCCCAGAGGCAUGCCCCCCAUCCAGCCACGCUACCCCCACCUCUUCCUGCUGCUGCUGCUGGCCUGCCAGCCACAGACACCCUCUGCUCAGGUGAUGGAUUUCCUAUUUGAGAAGUGGAAGCUCUAUGGUGACCAGUGUCUCCACAACCUGAGCCUGCUGCCCCCGCCGACUGAGCUGGUCUGUAACAGAACCUUUGACAAAUAUUCCUGCUGGCCGGACACCCCUCCCAACACCACGGCCAACAUCUCCUGCCCCUGGUACCUGCCCUGGUACCACAAAGUGCAGCACCGCCUCGUCUUCAAGAGGUGUGGGCCCGAUGGGCAGUGGGUGCGUGGGCCUCGGGGGCAGCCGUGGCGAAAUGCCUCCCAGUGCCAGAUGGACGAUGAGGAGCUUGAAGUCCAGGCCAGCUCCGUGCUGGUCAUCGACACGCUGCUUAAGACGCGCUACAGCCAGAGGAUCGGGGACGACAUCAGCGUGAGCGUCUGGCUGAGUGAUGAGGCAGUGGCUGGCUGCCGGGUGGCCGCGGUGUUCAUGCAGUACGGUAUCGUGGCCAACUACUGCUGGCUGUUGGUGGAGGGCGUAUACCUGCACAGCCUGCUGAGCCUCGCCGCCGUCCCUGAGAGGAGCUGCUUCCCCCUCUACCUGGGCAUCGGCUGGGGUGCCCCCAUGCUGUUCGUCAUCCCCUGGGCCGUGGUCAAAUGUCUGUUUGAGAACAUCCAGUGCUGGACUAGCAAUGACAACAUGGCCUUCUGGUGGAUUCUGCGCUUCCCUGUCUUCCUGGCCAUCCUGAUCAACUUCUUCAUCUUCAUCCGUAUCCUUCACCUCCUGGUGGCCAAGCUGCGAGCCCACCAGAUGCGUUAUACUGACUACAAAUUCCGGCUGGCCAAGUCCACACUGACCCUCAUCCCCCUGCUGGGAGUCCACGAGGUGGUAUUCGCCUUUGUGACCGAUGAGCACGCCCAGGGCACCCUGCGCUCCGCCAAGCUCUUCUUCGACCUCUUCCUCAGCUCCUUCCAGGGUCUGCUGGUGGCUGUUCUCUACUGUUUCCUCAACAAGGAGGUGCAGUCAGAGCUGCUGCGGCGCUGGCAUCGCUGGCGUGAGGGUAAAGCACUGCAGGAGGAGCGCCACGCCGGCAGCCACACGACCAGGCCCCUCAGGGGCCCCCUCAGUGAGAAGCUGCUGCAUUCAAGGGGCAGUGGCAGCAAUGGGGCCAGCCAGGACCCCUCUGCUGAGACCCGCUUGGCUGGUGGCCUUCCUGGAUUGGCCGAAAACCCCCAGUGAAGCCCCCAGAACUCCAGCUCGGGCUGGACUCAGAGGCCCAGAGAGGCCAUCACCAGAAAUCUGGAACUGAUGUCCAACAAAGGCUAGAGUGUGGAAGCAAGACAGCACCCCACUGUCCACACAUUCCCCAGUGUGGUGGUCUGAGGGCACCUGCUCUGUGCCCAUGGGUGGGGGAUGGAGUGUGGUGGGAAAGCUGUUCUGUGAACGUGUGCCCCUUUGUCAUCCUGGGUCAGCGUGUCCACUUUCAAGGAAACGUGUCCUCCAACAAUAAAGAGCUCUGUGUACACCC